AUGGUUCGAUUGGUUGUAAAGAAGGGAGACCAGCCCCAGUUUCUACUGGAUACUCCAGCAGCAACCGGUACUAGAUCUCUGAUUGAAACUAUCUGUGAAAUAUACAAUUUUCGCCUUAAGGUUUUUCGUAUCGCCGAUUAUUUAUCUGAAUUGGCUGAUCAUGGAGUUUCACUUCCACCAAAUAUGCAGGGAUUAACGGAUGAACAAAUCGAGGAGCUCAAAUUGGUUGAUGAAUGGGGUCAGAAAUGUAUCCCAAGCGGUGGGUUUGUUGAAAACAAAGAUGUUCUUGGUCGUAGGAAUGGAAAAGCUCCCAAUGAGAAAAUGACCGAAGUGUUAACCAAAACUGCAACAACAGCCAAAGAAUUGAUUUCAAAAAAAUUGAUUGAUCAAGGUAAAGCGCUUACUAAGGAAUUAGUGAAUGAGGCCUUUAUGAUGCUCAGUGGUGCUGUGACUAUUGUCUACCCGAUGGGAUUACCCCCUUAUGAUCCUAUUCAAAUGGAAUUAAAAAAUGAAGAGGAUUUGUCCGGUACCCAUGCUGGAUCUGAAGUGAUUCCUUUCGAGGAGGGAACGCUGUGGUUUUCUGGCAAGGAAUUGCUACCUGGAAAGCUUCUCUCAGAUUACGUUGGAAUGAAUGAGAAAACUAAGAUCAUUGUAAAAAUUCAGAAGAGAGGGUCUGGAGCACCUGCUAGAGAAGCUGUGAUAAGUGAGGCGGAUCAGAAAGCAAUGAUGGCAUUUUACUAUCGUAGGCAAGAGGAAUUGAAAAAGCUUGAGGAGAAUGAUGAUGAUUCUUACCUCAAUUCUGUGUGGUCGGAACCUGGGCAGUUGAAACGGCAGUUUCAUGGGCUUGGAGAUAUUAAAUGGGGACCUCGUUAG